ACGCCGUCACUACCCAUAUCAACAUGUCUGGCCGUGGAAAGGGAGGAAAGGUGAAGGGAAAGGCAAAGACCCGUUCCAGCCGUGCGGGACUUCAGUUCCCCGUUGGACGUAUCCACCGUCUUCUCCGUAAGGGCAACUACGCUGAGCGCGUCGGUGCUGGUGCCCCCGUCUACCUGGCAGCUGUCAUGGAGUACUUGGCUGCUGAGGUCCUCGAGUUGGCUGGCAAUGCUGCCCGUGACAACAAGAAGACCCGUAUCAUCCCCCGUCACUUGCAGUUGGCCAUCCGCAACGACGAGGAGUUGAACAAGCUGCUCUCUGGAGUCACCAUCGCCCAGGGAGGUGUCCUGCCCAACAUCCAGGCUGUCCUCCUGCCCAAGAAGACCGACAAGAAGGCUUAAGCGCUCGAUCAACGCUAUUAAAUCGGCCCUUAUCAGGGCCACCCAAAUUUUUCUCUUAAGAGCUCAAAGCAAUGUUUUUCGUAUACACAUUCAUAAUAAUUUUAAUUGUGGUUUCCAAUUUCCAGUUAUAUAUCCAAGAAAAUUGUACAGUGGGACCUUCAGAGGUCAGAUUUUAUCACGGGUUAGAGGACAGUUGGCAUUACUCCACAUUUUACAAUUAACAGAUAAUAUAAAAAACUAAAAUUCAAAUUUAUCUUAGGCAUUCAAAUUUUAUUUAUUUUAAGAAUAAAUUUAAUCCUGGUUUCUUCAAUCAAUUACAUAAAAGGAACAGUUAUAAUUGA